CGGCCGGCGGCGGGGGAUGGCGGUUGGCGGCGCCGUGCGGGCGCUGAGCGCCGGCGGCUGCCGCUACGGCCGCUUCUCCUCUUCCUUCUCCUCCGGCGGGGAGGAGCGGGCGGGGCCGCGCUUCCGUCCCCCCGCCGGCUCCCGCAGGGACUGGAUCGGGCCCCCCGAUAAGCGCUCCAACCUCCGCCCCGUCAUCUUCUACGUGCCGCCCCGCGAAUCCCGGCUGGAACGGCGGCUGCGGGAGCUGCGGGAGGAAACUCAGGCGUGGAACCAGCGCUUCUGGGCCCGGCAGAACACCGCCUUCCAGCGGGAAAAAGAAGAAUUUAUCUACUCAAGACUGAAAGCCAAGGGUCUGGAAACGAGAGAUGAAACAGGCCAGAAAGUGACAUUGAAUGCAGAGGAAAUGGCUGACUUUUACAAGGACUUCCUACGUAAAAAUUUUAGAAAGCAUUUGCAUUAUAACAGAAUGUAUGAAAACAUGUCCACAAUGGUGUAUCUAAAGGAAGAGAAGUUGGAGAAGCUCACUCAAGAUGAAAUCAUUGCCAAAACUAAGCAAGUGAUUAAUGGACUGGAGGCACUGAAGAAUGAGCACAACUCAAUUUUACAGAGCUUACUUGAAACACUGAAAUGUUUGAAGAAAGAUGAUGAAACUAAUCUGGUUGAAGAAAAAUCAAACAUGAUUCGAAAGUCACUGGAGAUGCUGGAGCUCGGCCUUAGUGAAGCACAGGUAAUGAUGGCCUUGUCAAAUCACUUAAAUGCAGUGGAAUCAGAGAAGCAAAAACUGCGUGCUCAGGUUCGCCGACUGUGUCAGGAAAAUCAGUGGCUACGGGAUGAACUGGCCAAUACACAACAGAAGCUACAGAAAAGUGAGCAAUCUGUGGCUCAGCUGGAGGAAGAGAAGAAGCAUCUAGAAUUCAUGAAUCAAUUAAAAAAAUACGAUGAUGAUAUUUCACCAUCAGAGGACAAAGAUACAGAUUCCACCAAAGAGCCUUUGGAUGACUUAUUUCCCAAUGAUGAAGAUGACCAAGGACAGGGAAUCCAACAGCAGCAUAGCAGUGCAGCAGCUGCUGCCCAACAAGGUGGCUAUGAAAUUCCAGCAAGAUUAAGGACCCUUCAUAAUCUUGUUAUUCAGUACGCUUCCCAAGGUAGAUACGAGGUUGCUGUACCUCUUUGUAAACAAGCUCUUGAAGAUCUGGAGAAGACUUCAGGCCAUGACCAUCCUGACGUUGCCACUAUGUUGAACAUACUUGCUUUGGUGUACAGAGACCAGAACAAAUACAAAGACGCAGCGAAUCUCCUGAAUGAUGCCUUGGCUAUCCGUGAGAAGACUUUGGGCAAAGAUCAUCCAGCGGUGGCAGCAACUCUAAAUAAUCUUGCAGUUCUCUAUGGUAAACGGGGAAAGUACAAAGAAGCUGAACCUCUGUGUAAGCGAGCUCUGGAAAUCAGAGAAAAGGUCCUGGGGAAAGAUCACCCCGAUGUUGCCAAACAGUUAAAUAACUUGGCUCUACUAUGCCAGAACCAGGGUAAAUAUGAGGAGGUAGAAUAUUACUAUCAGAGAGCGCUGGAAAUUUACCAAACUAAGCUGGGACCGGAUGAUCCAAAUGUUGCAAAAACAAAGAAUAACCUGGCAUCCUGCUACCUAAAACAGGGCAAAUUUAAGCAAGCGGAAACUUUGUACAAAGAGAUUCUUACUCGUGCUCAUGAACGGGAAUUUGGCUCUGUAGAUGAUGAAAAUAAGCCUAUUUGGAUGCAUGCAGAAGAGAGGGAAGAGUGCAAAGGAAAGCAAAAAGAUGGCACAUCUUUUGGAGAAUAUGGUGGCUGGUACAAAGCUUGCAAAGUUGAUAGUCCAACAGUAACAACUACAUUGAAGAACCUUGGGGCACUUUACAGACGACAAGGCAAAUUUGAAGCUGCUGAAACAUUAGAAGAGGCAGCAAUGAGAUCUCGUAAACAGGGUCUUGACAACGUUCAUAAACAGAGAGUUGCUGAAGUGCUCAAUGACCCUGAGAGCACAGAAAAAAGGCGAAGCAGAGAAAGUCUCAAUGUUGAUGUGGUAAAGUACGAGAGUGGUCCUGAUGGAGGCGAGGAAGUGAGUAUGAGCGUAGAAUGGAAUGGGGAUGGCACUGGAUCUUUAAAACGCAGUGGUUCCUUUAGCAAACUUCGAGCUUCCAUUAGACGCAGCAGCGAGAAGCUGGUUAGAAAGCUGAAGGGAGGAAGUUCACGAGACAGUGAACCCAAGAAUCCAGGCAUGAAGCGUGCCAGUUCUCUGAAUGUUCUUAACAUGGGUGGCAAGGCUGCUGAAGAUCACUUUCAAGAACGAAAUAAUUGUCUGACAGACUCGAGAGCUCUGAGUGUCAGUCAAACUGAUUUGGCGCAUUGAGAUUCUUGGAGAGAAGCUAGCUAAUAUUCCUUUGUGAAUAAAGAAGCACUGAGAUCUUCAAAGCUUUGGUUCCUCAUCAUUAUGUAUAGGAACACAUAGUUCAUAGAUUUUUCUUUCAGUUUUGCAAUGGACUGCUGUUAUUACUUCUCUAAAUAGGGAUAAUUUAAAACGUGGCGUAGGUGGGUAUUUUCUUCUGAAAGAAAACUAUGUAGGUAUAUAUUGCUCAUUGCACUGCUCCCAUUCAUGUUACUUACAUCAAUUUCUUUAGGAGGUCUGAGUAAAACAGCAGCCAAACAACUGUAAAAACACAAACAUAUUUAAAGCAUACCAAAAGGCAAAGAUGUUUGAAAAUGAGGGCAAAAUGAAAUGUGUAGCAGUAAAUACAUGAAGUGCUGGAGAAAAGGAUUAGUUGUGUGCAUUACUGUAUCCAUUUGAACUGAACAUACUGUAUUGGUGGGGCUGUCCAUCGCUCCACUGAUUAUUUUGAUGUUAAAGACCUUAGCUAGCAAAACAGCACUUAAAGCAUGGAUUACUUAACCACUAGAUUGAGCUAAAAUGUUUUGUAAGAGAUGGCUGGGGUUCCGUUCCAUAUAGCAUGAAUAGGAAUUCCUUUGGCCAUAACUUAGAUACCCACUGAUAAAAGUCUUAGGGCACAAUAAUGGAUGGAGAUGGGACAGCUCAAGCUGAUGAGGACAGAUGGAAAAUAUUUUGGCCUUUGUCUCGUGUGGUGGAAGGAUAACUGAAGUUCUGGACUGCGUCUGUCCCAGGGCAGCUGCUGUUGCUCCCGGGGAAACGCCUCAGGUUGACUUUCUCGCUUGUCCAUUGGAAUUUGGUCCCUAUUCUCUGCGUGCUCCGAGUGCUCUGGCUUUUCCCUGUGCUGAUCCCAGAUGCUGCCUUUCUCCACGAUAGCUGAUGCCAGCAGAAGUGUGCAGCUGCAGGCCAGGCUGCUGCGCUGGGAGCAGCUGCUGAGUAAAGGACCGCUCCAACCUCGAGGGCCCAGGGGAAGCACGGGAUGGCCGUCGGUGGUGAGCAGCCUGUUUGGCCACGCAGCCGUGUUACAUCUACUUACAGUCACAUGUAAGCUGUUUGUACAAAGGACUGCUGCUGGAACCAAGUAUGUAAGUUUUAAGUUUUCCAUAGACACCAGUGUUUUCUUUUGCUUUUCUGUAAAGCUUGUGAUUUUGUUCAUAUUUUGUAAAAAAAAUUUUGUGUGAAGUUGGUUGAAAAGUGUUUGUUUUUUUUUUU